AUGGGCUCAGUCGCGAAUACCGACGUCACAUUACCCGACGCUGUCGUACCAAAACGAGAGUUUAGUACUGAAGACUAUCUCUCGGACACGCCAUCUACCGCUGAUGGCAACGACACGGCAGAAGGGAGCUCUGAACAACCCAAUCUGGAGCCGACGCCUGCUCCGAAGCGCAAGGGUGGAAGAAAGCCAAUUUACGCGACGUCUGAAGAGCGCAAACAGCGGAACCGUCAAGCACAGGCAGCCUUUCGUGAACGGCGCACAGAGUAUAUCAAGCAACUUGAGACGACCAUUCAGCACCAUGAAGAGACUUUGCAGAAUCUACAGCAGAGUCACCGUGCUGCUGCCGAUGAAUGUCUCAUGCUGAGGUAUAAAAACUCCCUCCUGGAGCGCAUCUUGCUUGAGAAAGGCAUCGAUGUCCAGGCUGAACUCGCUUUGAAGGGUAGCCCCAACCUUCGACCCCAUCGAGGGCCUCCUACUACAGGAGUCGCGUCACCAAUGCAAAAGGCGAUGCUGAGCCGGCAGCAACAGGCUCGAAAUCGGCCUGUCAUGGCGCCACCUAUUCAGACUGUAAAUCCAUCUUCCCAGGUUGGUGGGCAACGGAACUUUGCGGGCUCACCUACAGCACAGCCUACUCCCCCUUCGCAGCAGUCCUCACCUUCGACAGCACGGUCGCCAGGUUUCGCUUUGCAUGGUGGGUUGACCUCACCCGCCACCGAUAUGGUUGGAGCUCAGCAACCUCAGCAACAACCACGACCAUUACCUCCGCAGCAACAGUCCUCCUACGCGCCGCAACCCAGACCGCAUGGACGGACGCUGUCACAUCCGACAACAUCCCAAGCCUAUCCUCCCCGAACCCAGGCGAGCCCCACAGUGCAAGACUCUUACUAUCCAGCUUUCCAGAAGCAUUAUUCUCAACUCGGCAAGCUGACCCCUUUCAUUCCCCCUUCCCUGCUUGCUGAAUUCGUGAGUACAGAACAGGAGUACGACGCCCAACCAGAUAUCGUCGACGAAAUGGAUGCCGAAGACGUCGAUACCGAUUCUUUCAUUCCGAACUUCCGAUUACCCCCAACUACAACAACUUCGAUAUCUAUAGGCAUGCACGCCUCUCCGCCCAUGACGACAAGUGGAGCUAGCGACGGCGGUGGAGGUGUAGGCAUGAUCGAUCCUUACGAUCCUAUGCUAGACGCAGAUCCUUUUGGUUUGACUGCUAGCAUGCAUUUCCCUAAUCCUUACGCCUACCCCCCCAUGCAACCCAGGAGAUGA